ACGGUUGUCGUCGUCUCAGAGACCUGAAUCGAAGCUCACUCUCUCUCUCACCAAUGGCAACUCUCUCCCUCCUCUCUCUCCUCCUCCUCCUCCUCUUUCCCCCCUCUCUCCUCCUCCUCCUCCUCCACCUCAUCCUCCGCCCCCGCCCCGUCAAGAUCCUCAUCAAGGACCGCCACGUCUUCAUCACCGGCGGAUCGAGUGGCAUCGGCCUCGCCAUGGCCCACCAGGCCGCCUCCCAGGGAGCCCGAGUCUCCAUCCUCGCCCGCGGACGCGACAAGCUCGAGGAGGCCCAGCGCGCGAUCCGCCUCGCCACCGGCAUCGACGUCGCCGUCUUCAGCGCCGACGCGCGCGACUUCGAGGCCGUCAAGGCUGCGGUCGAGGAGGCCGGGCCGAUCGACGUGCUGGUGUGCAACCAGGGGGUCUUCGUGCCGUCGGAGCUGGAGAAGCAGGAGAUGGAGGAGGUGAAGUUUAUGAUCGACGUGAAUUUGAUCGGAACGUUUCAUUUGGUCAAGGCGGCUCUGGAUGGGAUGAAGAAGAACCGGAGGGAGCGUGGACCGGGUUCGAUUGCGUUUAUGUCGUCGCAGGCCGGCCAGGUUGGCAUAUAUGGCUACACUGCUUAUUCAGCUAGUAAAUUUGGCCUCAGGGGCAUGGCAGAAUCAUUGCAACAGGAAGUUAUUGCAGAUAAUAUUCACGUCUCCCUAAUAUUUCCCCCAGACACUGAAACCCCUGGUUUGGCAGAAGAGGAGAAGAAAAGACCACAGUUGACUAGUAUCAUAGCUGCUUCCUCGGGUGCCAUGAAAGCCGAUGAAGUUGCUAAGAAAGCUUUGGAUGGAAUCAAGUCUGGUAGUUUUUUUGUGCCAUGCAACUUUGAGGGAAUCCUACUGGCCGUUGCAACUGCUGGUCUAUCCCCUCAGAGAUCAUUGUGGAUGGCGUUUGUUGAGGUGAUUGCUGCUGGGAUCACACGUAUUGCAGCUCUAUGCUUCCAAUGGAGUUGGUAUGGAAGCAUAGAAAAGUGGCAUGCACAUAGGAAAUAAACUGUGGACCACAUUCGGGUGGGGUGUUUGGCAAGGGGGAAAUUUUCUAUUCUGGAGCUAUCAGCUAUUAUGUUUUGAUGGCUUUUAAGGUCUUCAAGAGGUGGUAGAAACUGAAGUUGGAAUUUUCAUUUUUCACAAUUCCUCGGUAUGGGUCGAGGGAUUGCAAGCUGCCUUCUCUACGAUGCGCACGGCUUUAUGUUCGUUAAAUUAUACGGAAACCAACAAAGGAAACACAAUAUUUUGCAGUUUCAUAGUAGUUUCCCCCCCUCCCUUUUUUGGGUAAAUUUUGAAGUUUCAUAGUUGUCCAUUAAAUCCCAUUUAUUUUUCAGGGACUUUGUCAGUUCUUAAUUGUGUAGGUUGUUUUUCGUAUUUCUGAAACAGUUGGAAUGGCAAGAGGUAUAUCAUACAUGCUUGAUUGCGUGGGUCCAUUCCACCAUA